AUGGACAGUCUUAAGUUUUCAAACUCUCAUGUGUUCAUUUUACAGUUCUCAAAUAUGGAUCUUAACAAGCUACCACCAGAUUUGGAUGAAGAUUUUUUGGAUGCAUUUGGUUUGGAUUAUGUGACUGGCAACCCUACCUUCUGCACUCAAGUGCCUGCAAUUCCUGAAAUUCCUCAGCCUAAUGAUGAGCAUGCAAGGAUUGAGGACAGGAAUGAAGGUUCUACUACUAAUCCUGUAGUUGUUGAUAAUGAAUUGAAUGGUGCUGGAAAUGAAGUAGCAGAAGAGGAGGAAAGAGCCAAAGAGGAGGAUAGCGCACAAGAGGAAGAGGAUGAUCAAGGGGAGAAGAAGAAGAAGCUUGACGGAUGUAAGAAAAGGAAGAGGGAGAAAAUGAUAUAUACAAACUGCAAGGCGAGGAUGGUGGUCAAAAUGAUUGGCUCUAAGUGGCAAGUCAUCUAUUUUCUGGCCGGGCACAACCACGAUCUUGUGGUGAAGCCCUCGCUCAAGAAGUUCCUAAGUACCAGCAAAUACAAAGAGAAGUGUCUAGUAGCACAGGAUGGGCAAGACUUCAGGGCUGAUGAGAAUGAGCGAAGACGAAAGUCAAGGCAUCCGCUUGAGAAGCAUGCUUCCACUGUAUACACAAAGAAUAUGUUCUACAAGUUCUCCAAAGAGUUUGAGAAAACUGUAGAAUAUGAUGUGAAGCCUGUAGGGCAGUUCCAAUAUUGGGUGGAGCCCAAUAACAACUUUGUUUAUGGGUAUGGAAAAAGGAACUACCUUGUUACAGCAAUAGAAGAGGAGGAAAGCUACUGCUGCACUAGUGGAACUUGUAGCCCGUGGGAUGCCAUUGACCUGCCAAAAACUCUAAGAUUCACCAACGCAUCCACCGCAUUUGCAGCACUAGUAGUUGAGGGUUGUACAAGUGAUAACAACUAUGCUAUUUUGGAGAAGCACAUCAAGCAGAUGCGAUCUGAAUUAGACGAAAUCAAGAAAAGGAAGAUGACGAAUAGGCAGAACACUGGUGCUAUAGAAGGUGCACAAGACCCUAGUGCUAUAGAACACUGGUCCAGGUGUAGUGGCUGGUCCAAGCUCAUUAAAUGUAGGGAACCCCCCAAAGUCAAAAGCCAAAGGGCGCAGAAGGAGAAGGCGCACAAAAAGGGGAUGAAUGGUCAAGCGAAGAGGAAGAAUAGGUGCAGCAUUUGUAGAUCAUAUGAUAACAAUGCACAGAGAUGUCCAGACAAGCCUGGAAGAGAAGUUCAAAAUCAAGAAACUAUUUAA